UUGUUUUAUUUACAGAGACUUGAAGAACUCAUCUCUGUCAAAAAAUGCAAUUAACAAGUGAGCAUUUUCGUGCGAUCAUUUUUCACAACUUUCGACGUGGAUUAUCACGACAAGACUACAUUGAUGAACUUAAAUCUUUGAAUGGCGAUGAAGCACCACCCUAUAGCACUGUGAAAAACUGGUUUAAUGUAUUCAAUCGUGACCGACACUCGCUCAGUGACGAAUUCCGUGAAGGUCGUCCAAAAAUGGCCGUUGUGCCAGAGAACAUUGAUGCCGUGCGUGAACUGAUAAUGCAAGAUCGUCAUGUGAUAUACCGUGAGAUAGAGGCAUCCUUGGGCAUUUCUCCCAUCAGCAUACAUUCGAUAUUGCAUAAACACCUGGUCGUAAAAAAGAAAUUUAUCAAACACAACAAGAGAUACGGCAAUAUUAAUCUCCAAUGAAUAAUGUCAACGAUGGAGAUAAAAAAUGCAGAUUAACUUAAUUUCGUUCUCUUGA